CACAGAGGCGAAAGCGAAGUCCGUCCAUCCAUGAGAAUCAAAGUAAUAUAGUCAUUGGAAGUACCUAGUUCUUGACUGGGUCAAGAUCAAGAGCACUAGAGUGGGCUGGGAGAACAGACCACGACCAGCUUCUGCCAAGGAGCGACGACAUGGCUGCCUCAUUUCUCAAGGGAUUGCCAGUGUAUAAUGAAAAGAAUUUCAGCAAGUUUCAAGGUGAUCCCACGGGGCGGACAUCUUACAAAAAGCCGCCUGUGUACCUUCCAACAAAGGACAGUCCUGGAUCACAAGAAAUUGUGACAGAAAAAACAAACAUUCUUCUACGGUAUCUUCACCAGCAAUGGGAAAAGAAGUGUCCCAAGAAGAAACGUGAGACAGGAUCUGGCAGUAAUGAGGAGGAAGCCCCCAGGACCAAAAGACCCCGCUUAGAACCAGGUCCUUCUACUGACUCACCCUAGCCACAACCUUCACCCUCAUGACAGUUAUUAAUUUUUUUUAGAAUGAUAGAAUGGAGCCUCUGUUGUUGGAUGAAGUCGACAACAACAGCUAAGCUUGUCAUAAUCAUUCCUGAAGUGGAAGUUUGAUAUUUAUAUGUAAACUUCAAAAUAACAGUCUGUAUUUUACAAGUUAGCAAUGGAUUUGUGUUCUGUUAGUCUGGGAUAGACUUUUCAAGUGUGCUUGAUAAAAGGGAAUAAGUGAGGUAGAUAAUGAUCAUAGUUUUGACCAGUUUAGGACAGGAGUGUUAUUUUCCUAUAUUAAUAAACUGAUUCAGAAAUUGCAGCAAUAUAUAUUUUUCAAGAACAACUAUGUCUUCCCUAGUUCUCAAUGAGUAUCGUAUUUAUUUCUAGCACCAAUGAAUGUGUCAUCUUUUAUGAGAGGCAAAAGUGAUCCAGGCAAUGAGCAUUUAUAUCUCAUUACUCUUCAAUUAUGAGUACAUUUUGUAAAUUUACACAUCAUUCUGCUUGCAAAUUCUUGAAAAAAUUUGAAUAAAUACAUUGAAUACUAGCCAUUCAUAAUACAUCAAUAGUAAUUAACAUAUUUGCAAAUGAUUAAUAACAAAAAGCUUUUAAGAUAGUAUCUUGAGCAGAAUAAAUGAAACAAUGAAUGAGAGGUCAAGCAUAAUUAGUGUUAGAUAAGAAAGACAAAUGAUAUCCAUGAAAUGAGUAAAUGCUUAAGUCUUUGAGAAUCUCUUACUCAUUGUCUUCAAAUUUUAUGGUUAGUAUCAAGAAAUAUGCAUAGAAAAUAUUUCAUACAAGGUGUAGACUUCUGUUAUGAUCCAGCACAGUGGAACAUAAUUAAUUCAGCACACUCAGGGUUAUAUCCUUUGUUCACACAAAAGAAUUUGCUGAAUUAAUCAAGUUUUCAGAAAACAAUGUUUAUUUCCUAAAAACCAUAACUAUUAUUUUGAAAGUUUAUUUUGUGACACUGUUUUGUCAACUUAAACAUUUCUAUUAUGUUGCUGUUGACAGUACAUGUCUUGCAUAACAUAUAACACUGGUAACUCUUAUGAAAAGAAUGGUGAUCCAGCAAUGCUAAUAAAUAUACAAAUUUUUUA